CUGUUGUCGGCAAAUAACCAGAUAACCGGUCAUUCUGUUUUCGACCGGCUCCAAGAUGCGUCCUGCACUCAUCUGCUACUUUAACUCUCGGCCUCAGAAGCCGAGGAAAGUACCGAACGAGCUAUUCGCUAAAGCUGAAUUGAUCCUGGAAUCCAAAAAAAAUGCGAAUGUUUUAUGUGAAGUUUUGGAGAUGUUUAACAAAGAAGAGAAGAAUUAUACACCGCUGCUGUUAACUGUAGAAUUAAUCUUCACGUCGUUGCUAAAGCGCGGUGAGAUGUAUGAACAAGGCAAAGGCACAGGCCCGGACGGCGGCAACCCCGGCCUGAUUCACGUGCGGUGGCUCCGCGAGAACUACCACCUGACAUUCAAGCGCGUGCUGGCCUGCAUGAGCCGCGGCGAGGAGAGCUCACGCAAGCAGGCCCUGUCGUCGUGCUUGAAGCUGCUGGCCGUCGAGGGGGAGAAUCCGACACUGUCCAAGCAGGGGAUUAUCUGCUUUCCGGACUGGCGGCUCAAGAGUAUCUUCGAAGUGAUCCUCGACCCUAAUCAGUCGCAGAGCGUCUUCAUCCGAUACAUCGAGUCGUUCGCCGAGUACCGUGAUUUUCAGCAGAACGCGCUCAAAGUGCUAGCCGAUUUGAAAUAUAACAAGUCUCCAACUGAAGUCUACGUACAAAAUUAUCUGGAGCUGUUCGACAUGAUCAUGAAACCUGGUCUGAACAAAAAGGAGCGCCCCAAACAGCCCGAGAGGUACCACGAGAAGACGAUUUAUCCCGAGGAUACCUACCUCAUUCGGAGAGACGCAAUGGUGUCUGACAUCUUCGACCCAGACAUCUGCAAGAAGUACAUCAACCGAUGCUGGGGCUUCUGCAUGCACUGGCCCCUCCGGGCCAACGAGAAGAACCACCGCAGGGCUCUAGUCGUGCUGGUCGACCGUAUCAUGCCGUAUUUAACCAAGCCCGUGCUAGCUACCGACUUCUUGUGCGACAGCUUGGAUUGCGGUUCCGCCAUAAGCAUGAUAGCCCUCCGCGGCAUCAUGGAGCUUGUCACCGAGCACGACAUCGACUUCCCGGACAUAUACGACCGGCUGUACGGCAUGUUCGAACCGGACAUGUUCGCCACGCGGUCCAAGAGGCGCCUCAUACAUAUCGCCGACGUGUUUCUUAGCUCCACUCGCGUCCCCGAGGCUAUGAUAGCGUCUUUCGCCAAACGGCUCGCCCGCCUGGCGCUGGUCGCCUCCCCGGAGGACGCGCAGGAACUCCUGCGGCUGAUCGCCAACAUGGUGCACAGGCACCCGGGCCUCAAGAGAAUGCUCAAAAACGACCAGCCUGCUAUACUCUUUCGAUUGCCAGUUCAGAAUGUCCCGCAAGACCCGUUCGAGAUGGAAGAGUCGAGAGCGAACGCCACAAACGCCAUACAGUCCUCGCUAUGGGAGGUCGCCGCGCUAAAGCAACACUUCACGCCGGAAGUGUGCGCGAGCGCUGCAAAGGUGCUCGCCCUGGCGGACAGCGGGGCUAAGCCGCCCGACCUGCCGCCCUCCUUGUCCGACGAAAGGCAAUUCGAGGGGGAGCUCAAGAAGCGGUUCAAGACCAUAGAAAUGAACUUCGUGUACGUGCCGCCCACCCGCUACUGGGAUAAAGAGGACUGGAAAGUUAACACCUUCUGGCAUCUGAUCCCAGAUUUUAAGUAA